AUGCAUAAAUCAUACAAAAGUGAGCGUACUUCUCUAGUUCCAACUCAAGAACUCCAAGGAGCUCAUACCACACUGGAUCACCCAGAACUCCUGGAUACUAAACUGACACAAAAGUUAGCUGAAUCUGAUACAAAGGUCCAAACAGAGUCUUUUCAAAAAGGAUCAGCGUCUGGAUCAAGUCUGCAUGACUUAGUGGGAGAUAAGAAAAUGACAACUGAAGAGAGCAGCAUUCAAUCCAAAAGAGAAGAUAAAGAUUGUGAAGAUUUAUACCAUCCCCUGGAUAUCAAUGUGCCUAUUUUCCUGUGUACUGACCCAUUCCUGCAGCAGGAGCUGAUGGUAAAGAUGUCCCUGUGCCAGUUUGCGUUGCCACUAUUACUGCCGGCCGGUAACAAGGGCUGCACCUUCCUACUGUGGGCCCUGUGCUCCAUUGUGAAGAAGUGGUGCCCCCUCUCACUCCAACAUUGUGCAGGCUUUAAGGAAGCAAACAUGGUGACUACCAACAUUCCCAUCUUUUCCUUCAUCCAACUCGGUUCCUGUUCCAUCUCCAAAUCGAAGGUUCUAAAUAAUGUUCUCAGCUCCUCCUAGCAACAUCACAACUUCUUCAUCCAUUACAAUAGGGAUUGUGGUGAUUUCCCUCGCAGGAUUUCUGAUGGUCUGAUCGAGUUGUGCUGGUACCUGCCCAGUGGAAGUGAGGAAUUGAAUCUUUUCCCAGAGCCAAUAACCUAAUUAAACCUUCGAGGUGAUGCUAAAGAGCUGCACACACAGGUUCAGUUUCUGACAAACAUCUCUUCAGCUGUUUUUAUAUGGAUUGAUAAUAUCAACAGUGCUUUAAGCAAAAUCCUGAAAACACCUUGCCCAGUCUCCAGCGAGUGCCUACAUAGUGCUCACUGGGAACAGUGUGCCUUGGAAAUAACCCAUCAACAGGAGACUGGUCAGGGCCCCAGGAGCCUGGAGAAACUGGCAUUAACUGCAAGGGACAUGGAGAUUGUAAUAGGUGAGGACAAUGACCUGUGUUCACAGGGUAAAACAAGAUCUGGAAACAUUUAUAAUUGUAAUAAAGCAGAAGCUAUUAACCAGUACAAAAAAGCUCUGCAUGAGAAAUCUCAGCAACAGUCAACAAAGCAGAAAGAUUCUACAACCAGUGAUCAGCUACAGGAAUUGGACCAACCGAUAAUUACCAACUCUCUUGAACUCGAACACUUCAUGCAAGAAAUCGGACUAAUUUAUGAAGCAUUGAUAAAUCAGAAUAAUCACAAUGAGGAGGAGAGACACUUGCAAACAUUAACUCACACUGCUGCUGACCUAAUGUUAGAUGGAUUCCCUCUAGAGUGCAUUGAUGGAAAUAUUUCCAAUAUCCCUUUACAGUGGGUCACUGAUGUCCUGGAGGCAGUUGAAGACAGGAUUGGCAGAGAGGCCAGUGUGUUUGUGCUGACGGUGCUGGGAGUACAGACCACAGGCAUGUCCACACAUCUCAACACCACGUUUGGUUUGCAGUUUGCUGUGAGCAGUGGGCGAUGUACCCAAGGGGCCUACAUGCAGCUUGGUAAAAUCACACAAGAUCUGCUGAUGGAGCUGGGCUGUGGGUACAUCAUGAUGAUCGACACUGAGGGGCUGAAAGCACCAGGGCUGUCAGAAAUCGACGACAGCUAUGAACAUGACAAUGAGCAUGCCGCACUGGUGAUCAGGUUAAGUGAUAUAGCGUUGAUAAACAUGGCCAUGGAAAACUCUACUGAGAUGCAGGAUGUGCUGCAGAUAGUGGUCCAUGCAUUUAUACGGAUGAGAGAAGUGGGGAAAAGGCCGGUUUGUUAUUUUGUUCACCAGAAUGUGAGUGACGUGGCUGCUCAUGAUCAGAAUAUCAGAGGCUGCAGACAUCGGCCGGAACAUCUGGAUGUGAUGACACAAGCAGCGACUGAAAUGUAAAAAUGUGAUCGAGAGUUCAGCAAGUUCUCGGAUGUGUUGGAGUAUGUUGCAAUGGAGAAUAACUGGAACAUCCCAGGGCUGUGGCAUGGGAAUCCACCCAUGGCAGCUGUCAGUAGGGGCCUGAGUCACAGGGUGUUUGAGCUGAAGAACAGGGUUUUUCAGAAUCUGAAAGAGAAGAGAAAUGAAGGGAGGCUGUGGACCAUAUUUGAAUUAAUCACUAAAUCCCUGUGGAAGGCAGUGAAAUACGAGAAUUUCAUCUUCAGUUUCCAGAACAGUUUGGUAGCUGAAGCUUACAAGGAACUUUCUGUCCCAUACACAGACCUGGAGUGGGAACAGAGGAAGGGUAUGUACUUCUUCCUGGAAAGGAUAUAUGGGUUUGCUGUUAAACAAUAUAAAGAAAUGCAUGAUACAUACCAAAACAACAAUGAUCCCCUGGAGCAGUUACAAAAGGAGAAAGCUGCUUAUUGCCAAAGCUUUAAGGAUAUCUACUGGGAAAAAGAUCAAACCAAACAGAGAACAGAACUAAUGGGAACUGCAGAUUGUCCCUUUUGUGAAGUCCUGUGCGCUUGUAAAAAUAGAGAAUACACACAGCACAGCGCUGAAUAUCACCAGAGCAGAGGACUGAAUGGAUACAAAUAUGCUACUACCAAGGUACUGACAUCAGAGAAUUGUACAACAAGUGUUGCAGGUGAGAGCAUUUUCCAGAAUGAUGAUACUGAUGGGAAUUGGUUUCCUUACAAGAAAUACAGGGAUCUCAAUGACCGGUACAGUCACUGGAAUAUUCCACCCAAUACCAGCAUCAAAACAUUAGCCUUUUGGAAAUGGGUGUUCUACAAAUACAACACCAAAUUUGCUAAUAAAUACUCUGCCAUGCCAGCAGACAGCAUUUCUAGUUGGGGCUUGUCCUGGAACAAAUUGAAAAAGACAUUGAAGAUAAAUACAAUGUGA